UUUUCCAUUAGCUCUCCAUUCACGAAGAUGGGAUGUGAAAAGGGUUAAAAAAUUGUACGGUAAAUGCUACUUUGUGGGUUUUCCUCCGCCCAUUCAAAUCACGUUUAUGAGGUGGCUUCCAUGAGAGAGAGCGAGUUUGACAGAGACGGGGGAAUAUGCCACUUUGUGAGAGAGUAUUACCCAUUUUUUGGAAUUGAUUAGAGAGAGAGUCCUUUAUGAGAGAGGAGUAUUACCCAUUUUCAGGAAUUGAUUAGAGAGAGAAAGUGAAAGAUGAAUGCCCAUUUAAUAAUUGAUUAUGGGAACCCCACUUUCAGACAGACUCAGAGAGAGACGGGGGAGGUGAGACCCAUUUUAAAAUUGAUGAGAGAGAGAGGUCUGGCCAUUAAAAUUAAAGAAGUGAAGAAUUGAUGGAGGGCGCCCGACAUCGAGAUCAAAGUCGCUGUGCAGUAAAAACGUGAUUUUGUGGUGAGGAUGGUACUCAGAGCUUCGUUUGUUCGGUAGUGAACAAACUCAUUCUCCACAGCAGAAAGAGAAAAAGGUCCCAUAGAAAGAGAAUUAGAGAAAAGCAGGUGUAUCGUCAAUUCGGCGGGCUUUUAUGGGGUCCCUUUUCUGCUUGGCUUUGAGGCAUUUUUCCGACAAAGUGUGAUCAUUUUUGGCCGGUGGAUGAAUGGUGGUUCAUUGAUUUUGACGAAACCAAGAAAUUGUCAACUGGGAAUUCGAUGGAUCCGUCCAUUGAGAAUGAAGGUAGCGAUAAGGGGAGCAUGUGGGUUCUCGAUCAAAAUCUCGACCAGCCCAUGGAUGAAGAGGCUGGUCGGCUUCGGAGCAUGUACAGGGAGAAGAAAUUUUCAACUAUAUUUGUUCUGCGCCUUGCAUUCCAGAGCCUUGGGGUGGUCUAUGGGGACUUGGGCACUUCUCCUUUGUAUGUAUUUUACAGCACCUUUCCUCAUGGAAUAAAUGACCCAGAAGAUGUGAUAGGAGCUCUUUCACUGAUUAUAUACUCUUUAACUCUCAUCCCACUUCUCAAAUAUGUAUUUUUGGUCUUGAGGGCAAAUGACAAUGGCCAAGGUGGAACUUUUGCUCUUUAUUCCCUUCUUUGUAGACAUGCAAAAAUAAAAACCAUCCCCAAUCAGCAUCGCACAGAUGAAAACCUUACAACAUACAGCCGCCAUGUAUAUGAUGAGAACUCUUUGGCGGCCAAAACAAAGGCAUGGCUAGAGGCACAAUUUUAUCGAAAGAAUGUGCUUCUUAUUGUUGUCCUUGUUGGCACUUGCAUGGUGAUUGGAGAUGGGAUCCUGACUCCAGCUAUAUCAGUCCUUUCUGCUGCUGGUGGAAUCAAGGUUGACCACCCUAAGAUGAGUAAUGAUGUGGUUGUCGUGGUCUCUGUUGUUAUAUUGGUUGGUUUGUUUAGCGUGCAACAUUAUGGGACAGACAGAGUUGGAUGGUUAUUUGCGCCGGUAGUCCUUAUCUGGUUUAUUUCAAUCGGAGGCAUUGGGGCUUAUAAUAUCUGGAAUUAUGAUAGAACUGUCCUCAAGGCAUUCUCUCCACUUUAUAUUUAUCGGUAUUUUAGACGGAGAAAGGCACAAAGUUGGAUGUCUCUUGGGGGAAUCAUGCUAUGUAUAACGGGAACGGAGGCCCUUUUUGCUGACUUGGCCCAUUUUUCUGCAUUGGCUGUUCAGAUUGCAUUCACAGUAGUGGUAUUUCCAUGCCUCCUUUUGGCAUAUACAGGUCAAGCAGCUUACCUUAUGCAAAACCAGGAACGUGUUGUGGAUGUUUUCUAUAGGUCCAUUCCAGAGAGCAUUUACUGGCCAAUGUUUCUCAUCGCAACUGCAGCGGCUAUUGUUGCUAGUCAGGCCACUAUAUCUGCAACCUUUUCGAUAAUCAAGCAAUCACUUGCACUUGGCUGUUUCCCAAGGGUUAAGGUCGUCCAUACUUCAAAAAAGUUUCUUGGGCAGAUAUAUAUACCAGAUAUUAAUUGGGUUCUGAUGAUUCUCUGCAUUAUUGUUACUGCUGGAUUCCGAAAUACGAGUCAGAUAGGAAAUGCUUAUGGCACAGCAGUCGUGAUAGUGAUGCUGGUAACAACGUUUCUCAUGACUCUAAUAAUGUUGCUGGUCUGGCGGAGCCACUGGGUCCUUGUCCUGCUCUUCACCGUCCUUUCUUUGGCUGUGGAGGGUACAUACUUAACAGCCGUCCUAAUCAAGGUGGACCAAGGAGGGUGGGUCCCCCUAGUCAUUGCUGCUGCCUUCCUUCUCAUCAUGUACGUAUGGCACUAUGGGACGGUCAAGAGGUAUGAGUUCGAGAUGCACAGCCGUGUAUCCAUGGCUUGGAUCGUGGGCCUUGGUCCAAGCCUAGGCCUGGUCCGCGUACCUGGAAUUGGCCUCGUAUACACUGAACUUGCAAGUGGUGUGCCCCACAUUUUCUCUCACUUCAUAACCAACCUCCCCGCAAUCCACUCUGUUGUGGUCUUUGUGUGUGUCAAGUAUCUCCCUGUCUAUACAGUGCCCCAAGAAGAGAGAUUCCUUGUAAAACGAAUUGGGCCCAAGAAUUUCCACAUGUUUAGAUGUGUUGCAAGAUAUGGCUACAAGGACUUGCACAAGAAAGACGACGACUUCGAGAAGAUGCUCUUAGAUAGUCUUUUUAUGUUUGUUAGGAUGGAGUCCAUGAUGGAGGGCUGCUCUGACUCAGAAUACAGCAUUUGUUUGCAGCAAACCCAAAAGUCCACAGAUUUUUUGUACUCUGAGAAUAGUAGUAAUCUGGUCUCUUCAAACAUUGAGAUGGUACAAUCCUCGACUGAUUCUAUUGUUGCUGAUAGGUCUCCUCUUAGGACCAGUAAGAGCCUGACUAUUUCUUCGGGGAGGAUAGAAGGAGGGGUUGAUGAGUUUGAGUAUUUGAAGAGUUGCAAGGAGGCAGGGGUUGUACAUAUCUUGGGUAAUACGAUUGUGAGGACUAGGAGGGAUUCAGGGUUCAUUAAGAGGGUUGCAGUUGAUUAUAUAUAUGCGUUUCUUAGGAGGAUUUGCAGAGAGAACAGUGUGAUUUUCAAUGUCCCGCAUGAAAGCCUACUGAAUGUGGGGCAAGUGUUCUAUGUAUAGAAUGAGCCUCCAAAGAGAUUAAUAAAAUACCGUGUUUCAUUUUUUGUAUUG